AUGAAGCUAAAUGGAAUCCGUAGAGAAUGUGUCUUCCAUAAAGUUGAUGGAUUUCAUGUAAUGGAAAAUUUAUCUGUAGAUCCAAUGCAUGAAUUUUUGGAAGGUAUUUAUCCUCAUGAUCUUGCAUUAAUAAAACAUGAAUAUAUUUAUAAAAAAAAAAAGAUAUUUAAUCUACAAGAACUAAAUGAUCGGGUGCAAGGAUUUAAUUAUGGAAGCAAUUACAAUCAAAAUAAGCCUGCUGAAAUCCUCCCUCAUCAGCCGAAAUAUUAA